UUAAAACUGCUAGGACUUUAAACUGGUUGGACCAACACUUGAACCAUUGCUUCUUAAUCUCACGCCGGGUAUAUACACAUAUCAAAGAACCUUGCCUCCCUCCUACAAAUUGGAGCGAGACAUUUUUAUUGGCGUAGUCGGCAGGAUGCCCGCCGUGAGAGUGUUGUCCUUCCAAAAACUCCAAAAUUUUUCUGUAUGUACCUCCUGGAGUUGCAAGGAGCGAUAAUUUUGGUAACUUAGAUGUGAGCACCUCUCCAGGAAGACCGCUCCAUAUUCUGAAACUUUACUGCUUAUGUGUUUACCUCUCGGGGACGUAUGAAUUAAUUUUGACUAUUUGCUCUUGUUUUAUACGUGUGUGCCUCCUCGGGAAGACUAUUUCGCAUUUUUGUGGUUUAAGUAUCUAGUAACGUAUUUUGGAAUUUGAAAGUUUUGUGUGUGCACCUCUUGGGGAAGUGAGGAAGUAAUUUUUUGACGUUUGUGCCUCUCCAAGAAGUUUAUUCCUUUCUGAGAAACCUAGAAGUGUUUUGUAACUUGUGUGGCUUUAAGCUUGAAGUUUUUCUGGCCUGACAGGGUAGCCAGGAGCGAUUUAGGUGUUUACACUUUCUUUGUAAGUGUUGAUUGGGCUUCUUGGUCUUUUGUGAAAGGGAGGAAUGAUUGUAGCAUUUGCAUUUGUUUGAUAGGUGCGUGUCUCCCUGGGGAGGGGUAAGGAGUUAAGUGUACCUUCUCUUCCCUUAGUGUGUAUCUUUUAGGGUAUUGAGAAAUGAGUGAAAUUAUUGCCACUAUGAAAAGUGAAAAUGUGCUAUUUGACCUUUUAGAAAAGCAUGGUGCUCGGCCCUCUUUAUCAGGGGUGGAUUGGGCACGACAAAACUGGUAUAACUUGCAGAGUGUUUCCGACCGCAUUAGUGUCUUACAAAAUGGGGCUCGUACCCGAGCCGGGAAAGGAAAAUCGUUUAUUUGUGCGGUACUCGGUGCUGCUUUAAAAGCUGCCGUGGAGUUCCGAGAUGAAAAGCAUUCGGCAGAAACCCAAACCAUACAAGCAUUACAGGAAUCAGUUAAAGUAAUGCAAGAAUUGGUAAAAACUCUGCAGAAUCAAAUAGUGAACCUUGAGGAACAAUUACAAAGAGAGCAACAUAAUACAGUUUUGUUGCAAAUGGCUUUUAAGGAACUAUUAACAUAUAAGAAUACUAGCAAUACUGCUGUCCAUAAUUUGCCUCAAGAAAAAACUUUUCCUCAGAAGGAACUACAAGGAAUAAAGGAAGGGCUUGGCAAAUUAGAGGACUCGCCAACCCAAUUGCGUCCUUUGAUAAAAACCGAAUAUACAUUUGAUAACAGUGAGGAUCUGGACCCUCAAAUGAAUGUUAAAGAAAUUCCUUUUUCUGCCACUGAAUUAGCAAAACUGAAAAAGGAUUUUAGCCGCUCUCCAAAGGAAUCGGAAACAGAAUAUGUAUGGAGAGUCAGCUUAACUGGUGGAGACCAAAUACUGUUAACUGAAAAGGAAGCUGAAGGUUAUUGGGGGCCUGGAGUAUUUUUAACUACUGGUAACAACCGUGCUCCCUGGUCCCUAACACAGAGGGCUGCCUAUUGGGCAGGUGGUCUUAACCCUUUAGAAAGGGGAGACCCUCUUGCUAUUAAUGGGACAGCUGAUCAAUUAGUGGAAAGUGUUCAAAAAGCUGCUUGUCUGCAAAUGAUGUAUGAUAGAAAGCUGCAGACACAUCAUGGAUCACCUAUGAUGAUGCCUGUUGAUCCUGAACGGAUGACUCCUUUAAUCAGGGGGCUUCCAGAAUCACUGAAACCUAUAGGUAUACAACUACAAGGAAAAAUACAAGCUAUGCCUCAGGGAGAAAGAACCCUGGCAGCAUUAGAAGGAACUGGCACCUCAGGCCAUUUGCAGUCAGGAUAUAAAGUAUGGACAUGGGGGGAGGUUGCCCAAGAGUUGAUUAAUUAUGAAAGGAAAUAUGGGCCUGUGGCUUCUUCCAGUAAAUCUGAGCCAAGGGAAGUAAGGCUCGCAGCAACCACCCUUGCUCCUAGGCCACCUAGUCCAAAGCACAGUGGAACUGGAAGGGUCUCAUUGCCAGUAAGAACAGGUAGGCGAAAUAUUGAUCAUAAACGUAAUCGUCUCUGGACACUGGGCUGGCAAAAGGGUGUUCCAUGAGACCUGAUGAAUGGAUUACCCACAGUCAGGUUAGAGAAAUUAGUUAACUUGUGGCCAGAACAAAAGCUCAAGGAAAGCUGAUGCUUUCGCCCCCUCCCCCAGAUGAGUGGGAGGUGGGGGGGGAGGAAGGCAGUGAAGGGUGGAUGUUUAUUAGAAAGCUCACAACAAAAGGAGAUCCUCGAUUUAACACCUUCUGUCCCAAGGCCUCCCCACUCCUGCCAAUUGCCCCUGUGAGUCACGAUCCAGUUGCUGAUAAGCCAGGGAAACACUUCUCUCCCUGGCCAGCCUGUGUCGACUGACCCAGCUAACCUGAGGCCAGUUUCCCUAACCUUAAUGAAAUCCUCUUAAUAAAUACCCUUGGAAGGCUAAGGACACCCCGAUAAAGAAAUGUAAAAUUAACUCUCACUGGUUUGUACCAUCAUUUUUAAUUGUAUUAACAAAGCCCCAAAAGGGCAAGUUGUUGUCUUAUUUUUCAGAAGAUCCCUGUGGGACCUUUACUGAUAGCUGACUUGAACCAUUUGUGUUUUGUGACAGAAAAAUUAAAGAUGUGAUCUUGCUAGAAUACUGAUAUAACAUGUUGUUACAUAUUUUGGUUGCAAUAGUAUUAUGGUUUUGUUUGUUGUUGUGGAUUGUGAUUGAUAUCAGUCCUUGGAUCUGUUAAAACUUCACAAUUUGGUUCAGAGUUUUUUCAGGUCAUUCUGGCUUUCUGGUACUUUCUGCACAGUGAUAACCAUUCCUUCUGAUCCCUUCUUUUACCCCUUUUUGUCAAACUGAUUAUGAUUUGCAUGUAACUCCUCCAUAGUGUUUCCAAAUUCCUAACAAAUUGGGAAAUGAGCCAAGGGACCCAUCUAAUAGAUGUGGUCAAAAAAGAAAUCUAUUAUAAAACCCUUUGCACUGAUGUUUUUCAGUGUCACAUAAGUUCAGGAGUUCCAUACAAAACAUGGUUGUUGGAAAAUGUCUAAGUUUUGAUAAGAGAUGUGUAUGUUUCUGGGAUUAUCCCUCUUAUGGUUUAUACUGUGGGGUAUCCCACACACUGUCCUGUGAAAAGUUCGGUAGACUAUAACAGUACUCUAACUUGCCAAACUAGUAUUUAUAUCUCUCAGCAAUUGAACUGCUUUGGAAAUGCUCAAGUGGACAGCAGCUGACACAAAUACCCCUAUUUAUUUGUUUUACUUGUUUAUUUGAUACUAUUAGUUAUUGUCACUGUCACUGUCUUUGUGAUUGUUAAAUGUUUAUGGUAUAUAUAAGCAUGGAUUGCUAAAGGAAAGUUAUAUGGUAUUAAGGGUGUUAAUUUCUAUUUUAAAGAGAUCUGAUAUAGUGGUUUCUUUGGUGGUUUGCUAAAAUACAUGCCUGUAUACUGAAUGUAAUUAUGACCUUACGAGUAACCUUAUGUUUAAUGUGUUAUCAAUCAAGGUUUUGAUUGAAUGAUGAUGAUUGUUAACAUUUAAUUCCCCAAUAUCACCUAUCCCUCUUUUCCCUUAUGCUUACUUUUUUUUCUUUCCUCACCACCGUGAAUGGUCAUUUGUGCAUCAAUUUCAAGCAACCUUUGAGCCACGGGGUGGUGUAAAGGACUGAACUGUUUUUUUUUAAUUGUCUCAAAGCUUGCUUCAUGAGGCCUUCCUGAUGAUAAGACUCUGACUGACAACUGUUAAACAGUAUCCUGGAGGACGGAUGGUGGGUGUCAUUGUGCCAUAGUGUUUCUGCUUACGACCACAAAGAUAAGCAUAAACGGGAAGAGCAGUCUUCCUCUGGGGUGCUGCUCGAAAGAGUGGACCACUGCAGAAGGCAAUAACGCUUGUGUCCGGCAACAGAGACCCCCUCCCCCCUCCUUGCUGGCUCAUCUGUGGGCCAAGAAUGCCAGAAAAGCUGGUUGUAAAUCAUCUUUUGAGAAGUGUUUGCCUGUUUGUUUGGAAGUUCGGUAUUUCCCCCAAAAAAUGCUGAGCUGUAAUCCUCAAACUUCAAAGAGGAAAAAAAACCCACCGAAAUGGGGGAUAGAAGGCCUUCGUUAAACUGGGGACUUGGGAGACAAACUCCCAAAGACACCUUUGACGGAGAAUUCCCUGAGGGGAAAACCUCGUUGGAAGAACCCCCGGGACGGGCUUGCUGCGGAGCUCCCUGGCUGUCUCCCAUCCCCUGCGGUGAUCCGACGAGUUCCUAAGAUCAACGGACCUACUGUGUACCUCGCUGGACCCACGGUGGUGACUAUCUCUUUUGCUCUCUGCAAUGACUCCUUGCUUAUAUUUCCUACUUUCCCUAUCGCAUACCUUCCCUUCCCAGUCUCCCUAAAAACAGCUAGGACUUUAAUAAACUGGUUGGACCAACA